GGUUUGCAUUCAGAAAUUCUCUAUCCUGGAAUUCUUUUUCCAUAUUUAAGGAAACAUCUAAGUAUCAAAAAGAAAUGGUCAUUCUGAAGAUUUCAAAGAGAAGUAGUUAACCAUCACAAUUGACUCUGAGGCCUAUGGUUCAACUGCAGAUCUCAAUAGGAAACCCAUAAAUAGCACAUCGUCAUCAGUACUGACAUCUGGAAUAGUGAUUCUGAGGUCCAGACAAAGUGCCUUCUGAGGAUUAUGUUAAUAUAGCCAGCUGUGAUUUGGAGGAUACUAAGGCAAUUCCAAAACGUGGUCAAAAUGGACAGCCAUUACCAAAACAGCAUGCAAGACAAUGAAGGCGAAAGCCAGCACACCUACGGAGAGGAAGGUGUGGAUGGAUACUCCGACGAUCCUGCCCAGGAGGAAGAUGCAGCCAGUGAUGCCACUGAAGGACAGGAUGAGGAUGAUCAGAUGUAUGAGGGGGAAUAUCAGGGCAUUCCUCACCCAGAUGAAAUCAAGGAGGCACGUCGAGCUGCUCGUCGGGAGGCCAGGUUGAAGGCCAAGUUGGCUGCCUUGGAAAAAGAAGAGACAUUGGCUGAGCAGUACGAGAGCAUCAUGGAGGACUGCGGCCAUGGGCGCUUCCAGUGGAUCCUCUUCACCGUGCUAGGCCUGGCACUUAUGGCUGAUGGUGUGGAGUGUUUUGUAGUGGCCUUCGCUUUGCCCAGUGCAGAGAAGGACUUGUGCCUGUCCAACGCCAACAAAGGCAUGCUUGGUCUGAUUGUGUACGUGGGGAUGAUGCUGGGAGCCGUAGUGUGGGGAGGUCUGGCUGAUAAACUGGGACGUCGUCAGUGUCUCCUCAAUGCUCUCGCCAUCAACUGCAUCUUCUCUUUCCUCUCCUCCUUCUCUGAGUACUACGGCUUCUUCCUGUUCUGCAGACUGUGCUCCGGAAUUGGAAUAGGUGGCUCCAUCCCCAUUGUGUACACAUACUUUGCUGAGUUCCUGCAGAUGGAUAAAAGGGGCGAACACCUGAGCUGGCUGUGUCUGUUCUGGAUGCUGGGAGGCCUGUACGCUUCCUUCAGCGCCUGGGGAAUCAUCCCUCAUUAUGGUUGGAGUUCCCAUAUGCGCAUUGGGUUCCGAUUCCCCAGCUGGAGAGUGUUUGUGUUGGUGUGUUUGCUACCCUCACUGGCCGCUCUCACCGGACUCGUGUUUAUGCCGGAGAGCCCACGCUACCUCCUUGAGAAUGCAAGGCAUGACGAGGCCUGGAUGAUCCUGCGACGUGUCCAUGACACCAACUGGAGGGCGAAAGGUGAACCAGAGAGAGUGUUUCAGGUUUCCCAGUUUAAGGCUCCUCAAAAUCAAGAGGAUGAUUUCAUUGAGAUCCAGAGUGAGACUGGCACAGCCUUCCAAAGAUUCAUGGUCAGACAGAUGACCCUGGUCAAGCAGGUGAUGAAGAACUUGAUGUCACUUGCCGCCCCUAAACUGAGACUCCACGGAUUGUUCAUUGCCAUUGUCUGGUUUACAAUGGCUUUUGGCUAUUACGGCCUUUCUGUGUGGUUUCCUGACCAGAUAAAACACCUGCAGUAUGAAGAGUACAUGGAUCACACCAAGAUAUUUUACAGGGAGAAGAUCGAAUAUUUUCACUUCAACUUUUCUCUGAAAAACCAGAUUCACAGAGAGGGCCGUUAUAUCAAUGACCGGUUUAUUGGCAUGGAGAUGAGAAAUGUCAGGUUUGAAGAUAGCCUCUUUGAAAACUGUUUUUUCGAGGACAUCCUGUCAACAGACAUCUUGUUCGUGAACUGCACCAUCGUGAACACUUUUUUCUAUAACACAGAUUUAUGGUAUGAUUCCAAAUUCAUCGACUGCAACUUCACCAACACCACAUUUGUUCAUCCCAAAGUCGGCUGCCAUCUUAACUUCCAAGAGGAAAAUGACAUCUUAAUUUAUUUAGUCAGUUUUCUGGGCAGCUUGUCUGUGCUACCAGGCAACAUCAUCGCAGGCUUCCUGAUGGAUAAGAUCGGACGAAUUAAAAUUAUAGGUAGCUCCAUGCUGGUGUCCUCUGGCUGUACUUUCUUCCUCUACCUCUGCUUCAGUCCCGGUGCUGUGAUCAGUUUCCAGUGUCUGUUCUACGCAGCAUGUGCAGCCGCCUGGAACGGAAUUGAAGUUAUAACAGUUGAGCUUUAUCCAGCCUCUAACAGAGCAACUGCGUUUGGCGUGCUGAAUGGCCUGUGCAAGUUGGCAGCCAUCAUUAGCACCUUCAUCUUCUCCAAGUUUGUUGGAAUCACUAAGAUUGUUCCCAUCUUACUGUCCUUCUCAGCCUUGAUGUGUGGAGGCCUGCUUGCAUUCAAGCUUCCUGAGACACGUGAAGUCAUUCUGCAGUAAACAAUCAAACCAGCGAACAAACAAAAAGCCAAACUUCAGAAAUGUUAAGGCCUCGUAGUAGUGCAUGGUCCACCUGAAAACUGGACUUUAUCUCCCUGAGAGUGGUGGAAAAGUGAUUUGAUUGUGUACAUGGUAAAAUGAUUUUUAGGUUAAUUAGCUUACAUUUACACCAUAUAGCCAAAAGUAUGUGGACACAUGACCAUCACACCUAUAUGUGGUUCUUCCUGAAACGAUUGUCACAAAUUUGGAAGCACACGAUUGUCUAGAAUGUCUUUGUAAGCUGUAGCAUUUUUUUAAAAAUCCCCUUCACUGGAACUAAGAGGCCUGAACCUGUUCCAGCAUGACAAUGGCCCUGUGCGCAAAGCAAUGUCCAUGAAGAUGUGGUUUGCCAAGGUUGGAGUGGAUGAACUUGAGUGGUCUGCCCAGAGUUCAGACCUCAACCCCACUGAACACCUUUGGGAUGAACUGGAACACUGACUGUACACCAAGCCUCCUCACCCAACAUCAGUACCUGACCUCACUAAUGUUCUUGUGGCUGAAUGAUCACAAAUCCCCACAGGCACGCUCCAUAACCUAGUGGAAAGCCUUCACAGAAGAGUGGAGGUUAUUAUAACAGUAAAGGAGAACUAAAAUAAACAUUUAUAGCUGUAAUGAUCUGGUGUCCACAAACUUUUGGCUAUAUAGCAUUUUUUUUGACAGACAGUUUAUCUAUAGAGAUUUAUAAGAAUUCAAUCCAAGCACAGAAAUGAGCAGUUAAAGGUCUUGCUUAAUUAAUGGCCCUGCUCUGGUUCUGCCUGGGAAUUGAACUCAUAGCCUUCAUAAAACAGAACUAUAACAAUAAAACAGAGCUAUUACAUUCCAGCUACCACUGCACUAGUUUAUCCAUCCAUUAUCUGUAGCCGUUUAUCCUGUGCAGGGUCGCGGGCAAGCUGGAGCUUAUCCCAACUGACUAUGGGCGAGAGGCAGGGUACACCCUAGACAAGUCGCCAGAUCAUCGCAAGGCUGACACAUAGAGACAAACAACCAUUCACACUCACAUUCACACCUACGGUCAAUUUAGAGUCACCACUUAGCCUA